GACGCUGUUGCCAAACAACAACGAGAAAACUUUGGAGGUCGGCUUGAAUCUGAAGUGGCGAGAAACUAGAGUACUUUACUUUUCAUCGUAAAUCCAAUGGCCACUCUUGAUUCCGACGUUCCAAUGGUACCGGCCGGCGACUCUGCCGGUCCUUCUUCCAAAAAGCCCAAGCGAUUCGAGAUCAAAAAGUGGAACGCCGUUGCUCUCUGGGCUUGGGAUAUUGUUGUUGAUAACUGUGCUAUCUGCCGGAACCAUAUCAUGGAUCUGUGCAUUGAAUGCCAGGCCAACCAGGCUAGCGCCACUAGUGAGGAAUGUACUGUAGCUUGGGGGGUAUGCAAUCAUGCUUUUCACUUCCAUUGCAUCAGCCGAUGGCUCAAGACCCGUCAAGUUUGUCCUUUAGAUAACAGUGAAUGGGAGUUUCAGAAAUACGGUCACUAGAAUUUUGUCAGGCUCUGUGGACCCUUGGAUCUGCUGCCUUACUUAUACGAUAAUAUUAAUAUAGUGGUGUCCAGGAAAGAUUCUCGUUUGGUAGAUCUGAAUUAUAUUCUCUUCGGGGGAAAAAAAAAUUAUGACUUGUAUGGCAUUGAGGGAAUUUAGAAUUCUGUGCACGCAAAUAGGCAUCCUCGUGAUGUCCAUGUUUUAUGUGAGUGCUACUAUGCUGUUCCAUUUCCCCUUUCAUGCCUGUACAGAUUUUAUGGUUUAAAUGGAAGGUUCGGAUUUAAUCUUU